UUAUUAACGGAGCACCCAAGGGAAGGGGAUAAACAAGCGACCGAAGCGCAAGCUAUCUCCAUUCUCCCUUCCUCCCCCUCUUCUCCCCUAAGCAUUUCGAAGCACCGGAGCGGCGGGGAGCUUCGAGAUGGAAGGGAUUGGGCAGAAGAAGCGGCCGCUGGUGGUGAUGGCCUCCUCGUCGACCGCGGUGUCGCGGGGCGGAGCCAACCCGCUGGCCGAGCUGGGCGACCGCGUCAAGUCGCUGGAGGCGGAGGUGCGCGCCUGGAUGGCCAAGCAGCCCACGCAUAUCGAGGCCGCCGUCACCACGGCGUUCGGUGCCGUGCAGGGCGGCGCGCUCGGAGGGCUGAUGGGUACGUUCGCGCCGGACGGAGGAGCGGGGUUGCCCGUGCCUCAGCCGCCGCCCGGGGUCGACCCGAACGCCAUGGCCACCUUCAAGCAAGCGCAGGCUUUGGCAGGAGGGCCAUUGGUGCAAGCUCGAAAUUUUGCAGUUAUGACUGGUGCAAACGCAGGCAUAUCUUGUGUUAUGAGAAGGAUAAGAGGAGUGGAGGAUGUCCAGGGCAGCAUGGCAGCAGCUUUUGGUUCUGGUGCUCUAUUCUCCAUUGUGAGCGGAAUGGGAACACCAAAUCCAGUUGUUAAUGCAAUUACAACUGGUAUGGCUUUUGCAGUAUUUCAAGGUGGCUUUUUCAUGGUUGGGCAGAAGUUCUCAAAGCCAAAGGGACAGAAUGAGGAUAUGAACUAUUCUCGUGGAAGAAAUAUGUUGAACCAAUUAGGUCUUCAGAACUAUGAAAAGAAUUUCAAGAAGGGUCUUCUGACUGAUGAAACAUUGCCUCUCCUCAAUGACAGUGCACUCAGAGAUGUGAAUAUCCCCCCUGGUCCAAGACUUGUCAUCCUUGAUCACAUUAAAAGAGAACCUGGCUUGACGAAAUAAAAUUGAAGUGAUUGCCACUGCCUGUUAGCACCGUUUUUGUUUUCUCAAGUUGCAUAAAUUAUGUUCUUGGAAGUCGAAUCAAUGAUGAGCUUCUUAGGCAGCAGUAUGAUUUUAAAAGAUAACUAGUAUAUGUUUUGUAGUCGUUAGACUGAUUAAAUUACAUGUGUUGAUCUGUUCUGAAGUUUGAGUUGAACUAUGUGUUACGGCAGAGAUUGUUCUCAAGAACACGUGAAUCUUAUUCCGAGUCAUUUGGGCAAUUCAAGAUGGACGAUUUCACUCUGA